AUGGCGGAGUUGCGAGGGAUGCUCUUGCUGCUGCUCUGUGUCUCCCACUCUUCUGCCACAGACUGUGGUAUCCAGAGAUCCUCCAGCGUGGACGAGUCCGAGGAGAACGUGGUCAGCAGCACGGAGUUCCCGUGGGUGGUGUCGGUGCAGGACUCGCAGUACGUCCACCUGGCUUUCGGCUGCAUCCUCAGCGAGUUCUGGAUCCUCAGCAUCGCAUCCGCCUUUCAGAACAGGAAGGACGCUAUCGUUGUGGUCGGCAUAGCUAACAUGGACCCCAGACAGACUGCUCACACAGAGUAUCCGGUCAAUACUAUCAUCAUCCACGAGGACUUCGAUAACCACUCAAUGAACAACAACAUAGCCCUCCUGAAGACAGACUCAGCAAUACACUUCAACGAACUGGUCCAGUCCAUCUGCUUCCUCGGCAGAAGGCUGCACAUGCCACCAGCCUUGCGGAACUGCUGGGUGUCGGGAUGGAACCCCACGUCUGCAACAGGAAAUCACAUGACGAUGAGCAUCCUGAGGAAAAUCUCCGUGAAAGACAUCGACCUGUGUUCCUCACGCAAACUCAAGAAAACGGGAUGUGGCCACCACCUAGAGCAGGAAACUGAAGCCGUCUGCUUGGGAGAACCAGGAAACCCGAUUAUGUGCCAGCUACAGCGGUCGGAUCUGUGGGUCCUGAGGGGAGUCCUGACCGAAGGUGGCGAGCCAUGCCCUGGCCUGUUUCUAUACACCAAGGUGGAAGACUACAGCGACUGGAUCACGUCCAAGACGAGAAGGGCCAGUCCUCCCCUGUCUUCCCUCCACCACUGGGAGGAGCUGAUGUCUUUCCCCAAGGACGAGUCGCAGCGUCACGGUGUCGUGACACAAAGUGUGCACAUUCAGCUGGACCAUGUCGCAUGGUCCCAAACAAAGACCACCAUGCAUCCAUGGCCAGCAAACAGCUCUAGAGACAGUCUAGACUUCAGGGAAAAGAGCCUGGGGGAGCCGCGCAGUUCCUCUGAGCAGGCCAUACAACCCGCGUACUAUGACUAUUACGGAGGGGAGGCUGGGCAGGGUGGGUCUAUCGCAGGCCAGAACAGGUUGCAUCAGCCCCAAGAAAUGUUCUCCGUUUUCUUUGUGCUUGCAUUCUUUUGUGGCGGUGUCUAG